AUGCCUCUGAAAAGCAUUCCGAUCUUUAAUACAGGCCAUGAGUACAUUAAAUGCGAUCCAGGUGGGCGUUUGGCUGAUGAAGGUGGAGAAGUUUCUGUUGUCCAUAUUGGGGAGUUUUCAUUAAAAGCUGAUCCUUUAUCAAAACUAGCCUGGUGUCCUAAAAUGAACUUGUUACUCAUGACUAGAGAUAAAAGCACAAUUCAUUGCUUUCGUAUCCGCGGGGAAGAGAUAUACUUUGUUGAUAAUGGUGCAGAGAUCAAGGGUGUAACUUGUCAUGAAAAGAACUUUUGUUUGUCAGGAGCUGAUAAAUUAGUCAAGAUAUACGAUUCAAGUGAUGGUAAGUUAGUUAAAAAGUUGGAUCAUAAUUUCAGUGAUAUUAAAUACAUCCAUUGGUCAAGCACCAUCUACAGAUUGAAAAACAAAGUACUCAAGAGUUUGCCAAUCAUAUACAAUGAUAUUUCGUACGAUUUGGAUUAUUUGGUGACGAACGACGAAAAUUCCAUCACUUUCACUUUUAACAAGGUUUUGAAUGUCAACAUUGUUACAAAAUAUCAAAUUAGACUGCAAGUGCUGUCUGCUUUAUUUGAACAGGAGUACAUUGACGAAAACAAUCGAAUGUUAAGUAUCAAGAUCCCUACGGAAUCGAGGCAAGCAUAUGCCGAUCUGAUGGUCCUUCUAUGUCAGGUUAUUGAGUACCUUGAGAGAUCUAAAACAACCUUAAACGAGAUUGAAAAGGAGCUCAAAACUUUUUACGUUGCCAUCAAUAGGUAUUUGUCAAAUUUGAAAGCAGAGGUAAGUGGCGGCUUGUUACAAGAUUUGAGCGACAUGUUACUUACAAGCAAUAUACCUGAUGGAACUAAAGACUUCUGGGUCAAUCAAUUUGGAGAACGUGGCUUUAAGAAGAUGACCAAGUUGUGUGAAACAGUGUUCAAAGAAUGUCGUAAAAAGAUUUUUCAAUACUUGAUUGCCCCAAUAGAGAGAGUUAUUGCAUUAUUGGAUGAAUUGAAUGGGAUCACCAAGUGGAAGAAUGCAAUGGAACUCGAUUUGGAAGAUAUCACCAAGCUUACGAAACAAUGUCAAAGCGAGUUGAAGGCUUAUGACCAAUUAAUGUGGGAUUUGAAAGAGGAGAAAGAUCACUACGACGAGUUGUUCAACUGGUGGAAGACAAUUGUUGAUAAAUUCGCAGACAAAGAAGCGAGUAAUAACUAUUCUACUUCAAGCUUGUUGGAGUUUAUCCACUCGAAUUUGUUACAAUCUAAAGUUUUGCAAUAUAUUCCUAGUGACUAUGAUACAAUUAAACAUACAGGUGAUGGUAAAUUGUUAAGCGGGUCUCAACAGGAAAUUUCAGAUCUAUAUCGGACCAUUUUAGAUCAAGUCGACGAGUAUCAUCAAUCAUACGUCGAAAUAUCUGUUAUCACUGAGAUCUACCAUAUAUCUCCUCCUAUGGAUAUGCAAGGAUCAGCUUGGGGACUUCAGACUGUUGAAGCACAUACUGACUACUUUAAUAAAAAAUUGGAAGUAUGGAAGGUGAACGAUCAAGUGAUUGAUCAGGUGACUGAUACCAGAGGAUUUGAAUUUAGGGACAAGGACUUGGUUGUAUUGGCAAAGGAUUGUCUUUAUGUUCUCGAUCAUGCUACAACUACACGUGUACCUUUGCCGGAACUUCCAUUCGAGCCAGCACAUUUGAGAGUCAACUCUAAAUUUGUGUGGAUAACCGAUAAGGAAAAAGUCCACUAUGCAGUAUUGAAGUUAAUAUAA